AUGAUAAAUCAUUUUAGGCAUUCUUCAAUCAUUGUGAGCUCGCAUCCACCAUUCAUAUGGAAAUGGGAGCUUCGAAAGCAAUUUGGUAUGGAAAAUGACAACCAUGAGAAUGAAAUCGAACUUCGAAAUGUUAUGCCCCCAAUACCAAUACAUGUACUAGAUGCUUCAUGA